ACGGAUCAAUGGUCCGCAUGAUCGACAAUCACGUAAAACUGCCAAUUAUUUCUCCUUUCAUCACCGCGUCGGAUAUUACAUUGUUAUUCCUUAGAAGACCAUCCUUUUUCUUCGGAUUGACUGCCGCUUCACACGCAACCGAACUACUCUUUUGCAUCGGAAAAAUCCCUUAAACUCUCCGAUUGUAUAAAUGUUUACGAAGGACUAAAGUGCUGGAGCAAAAAGUUGCUCUGUGAAGUGGUAGUUUUGAACAAAGAAGUCUCGACUUUUUCCACAGCGGAAGUGAGCUCAGUCAUGCUCCGUGUCAGUGCAUAGCUGCUAGACGUCACACGACUGUUGGACCACCAGCUGCUUCGUCUUCUUCUUCUUCUUCUUCUUCUUCUUCUUCAUGGAGCCAUGUUUGCUGGAUUGUUGGGCCUGAAAUGCCACGGCAAUUCCCUGCAUCACCACAGCCAAGGAGUCAUGGAAGGUGGCAGAGCCUCAGGGACAGCUGGCAGCGUCGGCCGUAAGAGGCUCCACUGGAAGCCUGGCUACAUGAGAGGGGAGCAGUCCAGACCACAAAGCACUACUGAUGAUCCGGAAGAUGAGGAGGAGGAGGAUAAGGAAGAAAGAGAAGAUGGGGAUAUUUGUAUAAGGAAUGGGAAGAGUGGAUGUCAAACUAAGGGUAUAAUAUCCUCUGCUGUCAAAAUAUCUCCAAUGAACAUUGCACAACCUGAAAAAAGCUCCCAUGACAUUCCUCUUCCCUUCCCCAACGACAGUGCCUUCAGUGGUGCAUCCAGUCAACCAAAGAGUGAACACAUGUUAAACCACAGCCUAGUACCCCAGCAUUCAGCUACCCCUGAAGAGUCUUUUAGUUCCAGCUUCAGUUUCAUUCAACAGUCUCUCAGGACUUUCACGGCCCCUGCAACACUAGCACGUGACCCACACCUUCAAGCCACAGAAGUGCCUAAUUUCUCUCAAAUUAAACCAGCAUCGUUGUUUCCUGAUCAGUCUGAGUCAAAACCGUCCUCCCAGGUCACCUCCAACUCUAACCUAAGCAGCCAUGAAGAAAGGGAGACACUCUCGUUAGGUGGACGAUUUUGGGGGGAACAUGUGUGGGGGAGCAGGGAGGUGUCAGCUUCCGUCCCCGACGGCGGCUUUCAGUGCCUGGAUACAGAAAUCACCUCUUCACUGUCACUUGACUCAGACACCGCCUCUGCAUCCUCAGUCACGUCGGGAUACGAGAGCGCCACACCCUCUUCUGACCAAGGCUGGGACAAUUUGAUCAAGAAGUAUGACCACGUUCUACAAAACUGCCUCCACAACAACCGAACGCACACUAAGAUCGAGUCCAUGAUGUUAAAGCUCCAGAGACUGCAGCAAAAAGCCAUUGUGGAUGAUGACUAUGAUGCAGCUGAGCGAUUUGGGAAAAAGCUGGAGGAGCUGUACAAGGAGCGAGGAGCUUUGAAGCUGGGUUUACCGUCCAGACAGCCCAGCGUGGCUCUGUUCCUCCAGAGACUCAGAGAGGUUGUGCAGAGCGCCCUCCACAGGGCAGAUAGCAGUCAGCCCAGAUCAGGAGCAGAAUUCGAUGCAGGAGAGCGGUCGGACGCAGUGCGCAGCCGAGAUCGUUUCAUACAAGAAAAACGAACAGUCGAGGAGGAAAUCAAGGAACUGCAGCAGAGACUGGCGGAGCUAAAGGAUCGCAGUCGAUGUUUGGACCAGCAGAUCCAACAGGAGGAGCAGCAGAUGGAGGCUGAGGAGCUGGAGGGCUCUGUGCUGAGGAGCUGCACCACGGUACAGCUCCAAGACAUGAGCCAAAGCCUUCAUGAUCUUGUGAUGUCUAAGAACCGCAUCCAGAUCUCGGUCUCUCCUCCUGCUUCCAUGCUCAGACUCCAAGAACAGGAGCAGGCAUUGAAUCUAUCGAUCAAGGAAGCUACUGCCAAAGUGGUCAUGAGUCAGAAGCUGGGUAGCAGCCUCAGGAGGAAAGUCAGCGAGACUGAAACUCAGCUAUUAGCUUUGCAUGAAGCCAAACUGGCUGCCAUCUCAGGUAACGACUUCAGCAGUGCCAAGGAGCUGAAGGCUGAGAUGAAGGCGGUGUAUCAAGAGCAGGAGCGACUGGAGGCUCUGGCCAACAGGCUGCACAGUCUCAGCUCAGGGAGCAGCCAAGAGCUGGCCAGGAUGAAGGAGCAGCAGCAGCAGCUCAGACAGGAGCUUGAGCACAGGGAGGUGCAGCAUGGCACAACUCCAAGCUGGCAGGGGGCUACAGGAAGCAAGAUGCGCUUGCCGUCCAGCUUAAAGCCCUGCAGAAAGACUGAAAACCAGCUGAAAGACAAUGCCGUCAAGUAUAGUGAGCUAUUGGAGGACAGGUUGCGCAGCUGUAGCUGCUCAGGCUUGGAGCGGAUUUGGGAGGCCGACCUGGAGGCGUGUCACUUGUUCUUACGAGGCUUGCAGCUACGGAUAUCCAUCUGCAGUGGAGCGGACGUGGACGACCAUCUCACCACAACUGGCUAUGCUUCAACUCAAAUGUGCCCCAAAGAGGAAGAAGACUGCGCCAUGUUGACUGCUUUAGGCGGCCGCUGGUGUCCCGAGGCCAAUUUACAGAACUCUGAGUUCACCAAGAAAUUGGAGGAGUUUUUGUUCUGCAUGGAGGAUAAUAACCCACAGCAGGAUGUGUCCAGCGAUGAUGAGGCAGCAGACCUGGCCGAGCGCUGUGAGCUGAUCAGUGACAGACUAAUGACCCUGGAGGACGACUUACAGACGGCCAUACUGAACCGGGAUCAGACCCUCGCUGAUAUCCUUUCUUUCUAGAUAUACACAUGUGAAAAAUAGUAUAAAUGUUUCUCUUUCUCACCAUCUUUGAGACCUGCGGUUUCCUGGAGGCUUACCAACAUGCACGCUACCAAAAGUUAGCUCUCCAAUGUUAGGUGGAGAAUAAAUAGCUCAAGCUGUCGUAUCUGACAUUCUGCGUAAUUGAAGCUGAGCGGGGAUCAGAAAAUUUCUCUUGACAGGCAUGAUGUGCCACCUAGAAAAUAACAUGGUAAAAGUCCAAGUGAGGUUAUUGGAGUGUCGUCGAUGCGGGUUGCCAUUCUUGGGCACCGAGAUUAAAGUAGGCAGACAGGGGCAAAGCUGUGGCAAAUAGAGGAAUGUCACUGUCUUGACUGCAAAGCUUUCAUACCUUCAACUUCAUUUUUUCACUAACCCCCCAACACACACACACACACACACACACACACACGUACACGUACACUCACCACCCAUCCACUCUGCACCUGUUCUUGCCUGCAGUAUCUGGCUUGGAGAACAUUAUAAUAUCCAUGAUAAUGAGUCACAUGGAAGGGUUGAAGCUGAUUAUAGGUCACACUGCUUCAUUUUCCGUGCUAAUUAGAAAGCUGAUUGGAUGUAGAUUACUGUGUUUUUCCUCAUUUGUUUUGAAAAAAUUGAUAGUCCAAGACAGGGAUGAAGAUGAGCCUCAAGUCUUUACAUUGUACAAAAGGCACCAUACAUUCAAUCAAUUUUACAUUUCAAAGUCAAAGAUCAGUGUUGUACAUUUUCCUGUUCCUUCUUUUCUGCACUCUGUUCAUGUCUGAUCAGAUAUUUCGGUCUUCCAUCAUGUUAUCAUGGUCAGUACGGCCUCUUGCUCUUUUAGCAAGCUGUCAAAACCAGACUGGCUCGCCUCUUCUCUACCUCUGUGUUUGCAUUUUUCAGUGUCAUUCAUCUUUGCUUCUUGGAAGUAUGUUAACGCUUGCACAAAGCAAUGUGAAGACUUGAGGUCACUGAGGAAAAAGGACAAUAUUGUUGUUUAUUCGUACAAAUUGAACAGGAACCAAACCCGGGAGAAUGCUCUCGGUGCCAUAGAAAUUAGAAGAUUAAAACCUCUGCCUCUGUGUGUCCUCUGUGAGGACAGACGACUAAAUUCCAGAGAAAAUUCUUCUCAUUGCCAUUUGUGGUAUAUACUGUACGGUACAUCGAUGGUGGUUUUUCAACCACAAUGAUUUUUAGGUAAUUGGCAUCUGGCAGCAAGGUGGCUCUGAGAUUCGGGGUUUGAAUCUCAGCCCUCUUGUGUGGAAUUGGCAUGUUCUUCCUGGGCUUGUUUGGGUUUUCUCCGGAUACUCAGACUUCUUCCCACAUUCCACAAACAUACAUUAUUAGAGGAUAAAGUUAAUUGAAGACUCAAAAUUUUCCAUAGCUGUGACGUAUCCUGCGAUUGCCUUGUGACCAGUCCAGGGUGUACCCCACUGAGAAGCCAAAGUCAGCUGGGAUUGACUCCAGCUCCCCCUUAACCCUAAUGAGGAAAAAGUGCUCUUGAAAAUGGAUGAAUGGAUGGGUUUUGGCAUUUGUUGUGCUCAAAAUAAUUCAUAGAAUAUCGUGACAACAUUUUAUGAUGAUUAAGUGAGUACGGACAUCCAUCCAUCCAUCCAUCCAUUUUCUGAGCCGCUUCCCCUCACUAGGGUCGCGGGCGUGCUGGAGCCUAUCCCAGCUGUCAUCGGGCAGGAGGCGGGGUACACCCUGAACUGGUUGCCAGCCAAUCGCAGGGCACAUACAAACAAACAAUCAUUCGCACUCACAUACACACCUACGGGCAAUUUAGAGUUUUCAAUUGACCUACCAUGCAUGCUUUUGGGAUGUGGGAGGAAACCGGAGUGCCCGGAGAAAACCCACACAGGCACGGGGAGAACAUGCAAACUCCACACAGGCGGGGCCGGGGAUUGAACUGUGAGGCUGACGCUCUAACCAGUCGACCACCGUGCCGCCCGAGUACGGACAAUUAACUGCAAAAACAUCCUGUUUUUUCAACCAAUCCCACUCAAAUUCUAUGGAUGUGCAUGUCCUGUGUGGCUCUGUGUUUAUAAUUGUGUGUAGAACAUACAAUAUAUGUCACAGGACUGAAUAUAAGUUCAUGCAAAUUACAACAACAAAUUCACUAUGACUGUCUUGUUGUCUAAAGGGCAUUUUGUCGAACACAUUGAGCUAGACUUGUGUAUAACAUUUUAAGUCAUUCACAAUUGCGGUAUGAGGCUUGUGGCAUUUCAAAAACUGUUUUUUUUUUUUUUUUUUUUUUAAGCUAAAUGCUUUUAUAUUUGACCUUUGUGGUUAGUAAUCGUUUGAGCUCAAGAUGCUUUGGGCACACAUACUGCAGAUAUCUCCUUAAGUUGUUUUAUGAUUAUUUUGACCCUUCUUGCUUCCAAACGUUACUUGCUCGAGUAACUGUCAUAAGCCGGUUUACAAAAUUUAGUGUGGAUUGAGUGAAAAUUGAUAAGGAGAGAAAUUACUAUGAACAACAUCUAUUUCAUCAACAGGGUCCCUGAAAUAAACAAAUUCAUUGGUUAAAACUCAAUUUGAUAGCCACUAAGUACAAGUCUGAUUAAUAUUUCUUAUCAAUUGCUUUUGUAAUAUUUCUUUUGAUCGUGAAGAGACUUUGUGGGCACCCUGCAUAAGCCAUGGUUGAAGUACAGAUUCAACAACCUUCACUGUGCUGUGUUGCCGAACCUUCUGUGGAAUUCAGGCUAUAUUUAAUGACCGUUUAAUUAUGGAUGGGGACAAUCUGUGUCCAUUGAAACAGUAAAACGAGCCAUCGGGCUCCAUCUGCCGUCAGACCGCCCCUUUGAUUUAACGCUUUAGCCGGACCCUCGCAGGCUUGAUUUGGGUUUCCAAGCAGGUUAAACAAGUCCCCUGUGAUGACAGCCUCUAUCCCGGCCAUUGAUGGCUCAUGAAUAAUGCAGCUGUAGAGUCGCUUUGCAUGGGACUUGCCACCCAGCACCACUGAUGAGAUCAUGAAUAGCGAAUUGCUCCAAUUCACUCUUCAAGUGCAUGGGGUUAAAUCGACUACGGCGUGAUGAUCUGUCCUAGUAAUCAGCUCGGUGGCCAAAUUGAACAUUGAUGACUUUAUCAGGUAACUGCUAUUACCGUUAAGCAUCUAGAGCCGCAAGUGCCACGUUUUGUUCUGAUAUUUGUGUCUCUUAAGUUGAUUUCAAUGCAAGUGUGUUAACUCCAACGGAGUCUUCCCUAACCCACGCCGCACAGUCACUGGAGAAGCAAGUUCAGGAAGUUAAAACCACUUUGCAAAACAUGCUCGCUCUGCUCAGAGAGGAAGUCGAGGAGGAGGUGCAUGUUCAUGCAUCGCAGGACGAAGACGACCCUGUGGAAAAUGGGAUUUUGGAGGAGGAAGAAGAGGAGGAAGAGGACCAGUACUUCAGUGACAGCUGGGACAUCUGAAGCGGAUGCCUGUUGUGUUUUAUGAGCACUCAAACUGGGAGCCUGACCUGCACUGCAGCAGAACUGACCCCAUCCCCAUUUCAUGUAAAACCACACUCAGAGCAUUUUGUAAGCAGCCCCCCUGUGGAACUGCUGAAAGUCUCCAAUUCAUGUUUUGCUGAAAAACACAUUUUAUAUAUGCAGGGAUAUAACACUUUAAUUCAAAGUAGCUGAGUGUCUUCGGGCUUCUCAGGCAAAUUUUGUUCCAGUUAAGAUAUCAAAAAAAGACAUUAUUUUGAAAGUGUAGUUUUCAAUUAAGGGUUGGUCUUUUGUUAUAAAUUACCAAUCAUAAAACUCAAAUGACCAACACAGAGACCAAACCCCCAAAUUUACACCACUUUUUGAUUAUUUGUGGGACCAAGAAGACAAUCUAAGAGAUCCUUUACAUGGUUAUAGUCAUGCACAGAAGUGCUUAGGUUAGUGUUUAGGUCUUGUGGCUCUUUUUGUAUUUUGUUCUUUACAAGUGGACUUUAUGUAAUUUUGUGGCUGUGGUGCUAACUUGAACACUGUUGUGAAAAUGCAAUUACUCUGCUUUGUGGCUGAAGGGUGAAAUUACAAAGGAGUAUUAGGGCUACACUGAUAAAAACAAAAUAAAACGUAAAUUUACGUCAACAAAAGUCGUAAAGUUAAAAGAAGAAAAGCUGUAUUAUAUUAUAUAAUAUAUAUUAUGCAAAUAAGUUUCCUAGCAUAACCUAUCAUAUAUUCAUUGGAUAAUAUUGAAUAUUAGAAACACUUACCUGUAAGGUUGAUCAAACAAAUCCACCAUACAUAAGGUGAUUUUGGUGUUGGUAGUUUUUUCUCAGGAACAGACACACGUUUACAUAAUUACAUUGACGAUGGUGUUUGUGUGGCAAAACAUCGACUCUUAUAGUAAAGUUUAACUUGACAGCAUCCUUAAUAGCAGUCCUCAUUAAAACACAGGUAUAUAUGUUCUUUCUAAUAAAUAUGUAUUACUUUAUCCUUGAAAAAAAUAUUUUUUCUCAUUUGUCAUAUACAAUAUUUUGACUUUUCACAUCAAUGCAGUAUUGAGUUUUUUUGUAAUAAUUUUUCUCAUUAAGAUUCUUGUAACAUUUAAAAAAAGUUUAAUUUUUUUAAUUCAUGUUACUUUUUUUGUGUGCAUUUUGUCUUCUUUUCAUUGUGGCCCUAAUACAAUCAUAUAAAACAAGUACAUUAUGCUUUUGUUUAUUUAAAUAUUUGCACGUAUAGAAGCAAAUUUCAAGGAUAAAAUAUCAGUUGGCAGAGAAAAAAAAAAAAAACAGCUGUUUGCUCAACUGACUGCAUGGUGACCAAUGGGAAAUCUUGUUCAUUCCAAACAUUUUUUGUUGUAGUUUCAUGGGAUGAUCUUGUUUUUAAUUUACUGUGCAUUCCCAUAAUUGCUAUUUAUUGCCCAUUGUUUCUCACUAAUUACAGUAUGUAGCGUCCUGCCUGAUGAUGUGUCCUGCUGUUUUCCUUUUGUAGCCACUUUGGUGAUGGCCCCUCACAGAGAACGUGUAGGCAUCCUUCCAGGCAAGUGGGGGCAGUGUUGACAUGUCGACGCUAUCAAUACGCUAAUAAAGCUCCUCUAGUGAGGUCUGUA